AUGUUCAAUGCAGCUGUUUCUGGAGAAAGAUUCGUUGCUGUGGAUGUUACAUUCAGAAACACUGCAGGCCCUGAGAAGCACCAAGCAGUGGCAGUGAGGAACAAUGCAGACCUCUCCACAUUCUACCGUUGCAGUUUUGAAGGAUAUCAAGACACUCUCUAUGUCCACUCUCUCAGGCAAUUCUACAGGGAAUGUGACAUUUAUGGCACUGUGGAUUUCAUAUUUGGAAAUGCUGCUGUGGUGUUCCAGAGCUGCAACAUCUAUGCCAGAAAACCAUUGCCAAAGCAGAAGAAUGAUGUCACAGCACAAGGAAGAACUGACCCCAAUCAAAACACAGGAAUUUCACUCCAGAAUUGCAGGAUUGAGGCUGCACCUGACUUGGCUGCAGACUUGAACUCAAUUGAAAAUUACUUGGGCAGGCCAUGGAAACUGUACUCAAGGACAGUAUACUUGCAGUCAUAUAUUGGAGAACUAAUUCAAUCCGUUGGAUGGUUAGAAUGGAAUGGAACAAAUGGAUUAGACACCCUCUUUUAUGGUGAGUUCAAUAACUUUGGACCUGGUUCUGAUACAAGCAAGAGGGUACAAUGGAAUGGUUACAAUAUACUGAGCCCUACACAAGCUUGGAACUUUACUGUGUACAAUUUUACCUUGGGACAAACAUGGCUUCCAGAUACUGAUAUACCCUACUCUGAAGGGCUUUAGAUUAGGUAACUGAAUUCAAUUGUAUGGAGUAACAAUAAAUUCGAUUCACCAUUGGUUAAUUAGAAUGUCAUGUAACUGUAUCAUCAUUUUUAUGUCUUGAAAGAGCUUACAAAAGGAGUGAGGGUCAUCUGUUGAAUGUUUGGAUGAAAUUGAAAUUUUUUUAUCUUGAGAUGAAGUUACAAUUGUUUAUUAAUCAGAGGAGUUUGAAUUUUUGCUUUUUGUCAUAUUAGGUUGGUUAAUAAUGUGACAUGAAUACCAUUAACAUGGG